UUCCAGCGAAGUAAAGAUGGUAUUCCUCUCAUUUACUGCUAUAUUCGCUAGCUUUCGCAGCUUCAGUAGCCAUCUGAGUGAGCAGAAGUGAGUUCAGUAGGACGGUGGUAGCCAUGAGGGUUGGAGACAUUGCCUGCCCGCCUACUCCUCCCUCCACCCAAGGCACUACCACACCCCUCCUGUUCCACUCAAGCCCCUUUCCUGUCGCACAAGCCCGGUGAGAAGAAGGCACAGAAAAGCCGCCUCGCGCCGGGAGCCGCUAAUGGGAUUUAUGCUAAUGACGAGGACGCGGGUGACCGCCCGAGCGCGCCGCGCCCCGCCGCCCUCGCGCCCCACCUCUCCAGGGCCGGGCCGCCUGCCCAGAAGUCGCGACAGAGGAAUUGUCACCGUGGGUCCCUGAGCGGUGGGAAGAGGCAUGGCGCGGCGAGGGGAGACCCGCUCCCCGACUGCGGUCCGUCUAAUCACACCCCGGUGUUCGUCUUCUUCCUCCCUGCCCGCCUCGGCUUCUGCCUCCCCGUCCCUUCUCCUCUGAUCUCCAUCUCUAGAGGGUCUCUCUCCCUGCCUCCAUUCGACAGUUGUUCUCCCUAUCAAUUAAACCGAGAUGUAAGCACUUUUGCGUUCCAGGCCGUGCGCUAAGCACGGGGGUGGGGGUGCGGUGGGGUACAAAAUGCGCCGAGUGCGGAGGUGGGGACCGUGUUCUGGGGUUCAGGGAGAGCCAGCCCCCCUUCUGGAUGCGGAUCACCAAAGUCUGCCCGGAAGAAGAGGCAUGUGAGCUGAGCUUUGAAGUUUGGAUAGGAUCCCAACGAGGAAGGGAGUAGGAAGUGAAGGGCUCCGGAAGUUUUCGGAGAAAACGGAGAAGUUAGUUGAUCCAGUGUGGCGGAAGUGCAAGGAUCCUGACUGACAAUUAAUGAGCUAAGUAAUGGCCAAAUGGAGAGAAAUUACCACCAGCAAUCAAAGGAAGGAAGGAGAAGAGAAUGGUCAGAGGCCCAGGGGAGACAGAGAGGAUCCCCUCGGUCAGGAUGGAACUGAAGGCCGAGGAGGAGGAGGUGGGUGGCGUCCAGCCGGUGAGCAUCCAGGCCUUCGCCAGCAGCUCCACGCUGCACGGCCUGGCCCACAUCUUCUCCUACGAGCGGCUGUCUCUGAAGCGGGCACUGUGGGCCCUGUGCUUCCUGGGCUCCCUGGCUGUGCUGCUGUGUGUGUGCACCGAGCGAGUGCAGUACUACUUCCACUACCACCAUGUCACCAAGCUCGAUGAGGUGGCUGCCUCCCAGCUCACCUUCCCCGCUGUCACGCUGUGCAAUCUCAACGAGUUCCGCUUUAGCCAAGUCUCCAAGAAUGACCUGUACCACGCCGGGGAGCUGCUGGCCCUGCUCAACAACAGGUAUGAGAUACCAGACACGCAAAUGGCAGAUGAGAAGCAGCUGGAAAUCCUGCAGGACAAGGCCAACUUCCGAAGCUUCAAGCCCAAGCCCUUCAACAUGCGUGAGUUCUACGACCGCGCAGGGCACGACAUUCGAGACAUGCUGCUCUCCUGCCACUUCCGGGGGGAGGUCUGCAGCGCGGAAGACUUCAAGGUGGUCUUCACGAGGUAUGGCAAGUGCUACACGUUCAACUCGGGCCGAGACGGGCGUCCACGGCUGAAGACCAUGAAGGGUGGGACUGGCAAUGGGCUGGAGAUCAUGCUGGACAUCCAGCAGGAUGAGUACCUGCCUGUAUGGGGAGAGACUGAUGAGACGUCCUUCGAAGCGGGCAUCAAAGUGCAGAUCCACAGUCAGGAUGAACCUCCCUUCAUCGACCAGCUGGGCUUUGGUGUGGCCCCAGGGUUCCAGACCUUUGUGUCCUGCCAGGAGCAGCGGCUCAUCUACCUGCCCCCGCCCUGGGGCACCUGCAAAGCUGUCACCAUGGACUCGGAUUUCUUCGACUCCUACAGCAUUACUGCCUGCCGCAUCGACUGUGAGACACGCUACCUGGUGGAGAACUGUAACUGUCGUAUGGUGCACAUGCCAGGGGAUGCCCCAUACUGCACCCCAGAACAAUACAAGGAGUGCGCGGAUCCUGCUCUGGACUUCCUGGUGGAGAAGGACCAGGAGUACUGUGUGUGUGAAAUGCCCUGCAACCUAACCCGCUAUGGCAAGGAGCUGUCCAUGGUCAAGAUCCCCAGCAAAGCAUCAGCCAAGUACCUGGCCAAGAAGUUCAACAAGUCUGAGCAGUACAUAGGGGAGAACAUCCUGGUGCUGGACAUUUUCUUUGAAGUCCUCAACUAUGAGACUAUUGAGCAGAAGAAGGCCUAUGAAAUUGCAGGGCUCCUGGGUGACAUCGGGGGCCAGAUGGGGCUGUUCAUUGGGGCCAGCAUCCUCACGGUACUGGAGCUCUUUGACUACGCCUAUGAGGUCAUUAAGCACAAGCUGUGCAGAAGAGGAAAGUGCCAGAAGGAGGCCAAAAGGAGCAGCGCCGACAAGGGCGUGGCCCUUAGCCUGGAUGACGUCAAAAGACAUAACCCGUGUGAGAGCCUCCGGGGCCACCCCGCUGGGAUGACCUACGCUGCCAACAUCCUACCUCACCAUCCGGCCCGAGGCACUUUUGAGGACUUUACCUGCUGAGCCCCGCAGGCCACCGUACCAAAGGCCUAGGUGGGGAGGGCUAGGACAGUAAGGGGGCCCUGGGCCAUGCCCCUCCAAAAUCUGCCCUGGGGACUCACUCCCCCUCCCAAGGUAGAGCCCCACUCCUGGGCAGUCCUUUCCUCUUGUCUGUGGUGAGGAAGGAAUCUUGACCAUAGAGUCCUCUCCCUGCCUCUAUCCCAUUCUUUUUAUUUUUACUGAAACUAAUCUAAAAAAACUAAACUAAACUAAAAAGAGAGAAUGGGGCAGGUGACCUCAGGCUGCCCCUCUCUGCUCCAUGCUGCCUCCCCCAGCUCCCAGCCUAAAUUCUGUCUGUCUGGCUAUCUGUCAUCUGAGUGUCCACCUACAUUCUGCUGCCACCAGUCACCAAAGCCCCUCCCAGUGGGGGGGUGGAGGAGAUCCUUGGGGUCUGGAAUUUGGCCCCAAACCAGAGAAUGUACCUUGAAGGGGAGGGCUAGUGGGGGGGCUUCCCCAGCCUUAAGAGACCCUCUCAGCCCAGUGACCCCCCCCAACCCCAAGUCUCCAGGAGGGAACUAAGACCCUAAGCUCCAUCCCCCCCCUUACAUGUGAAGUCUCUGGGGAGUUGAGGGUGGGGGAUCCCCUGAAGUAGUGGAUGAUGGGGAGAAGAUGUGGCCCUGGUGCUGUAGGCCACAUCCUGAUACCUUUAAGUUCACUCCCAACCCUGAACUGCUGGAAAGAAAUCCCAAGAGGUAGCACUCCUCUACCAUCCCAUGAAAGAUCUAGCUGGUUGGCUUCCAGCUCACGGAGAGGGGCACUGGUGCCUAACCUCACUGGUCCCUCUCCCAGGGGCCCCUGCAGAGGGCCACAUCCAUAAAUUUUCUUAUGGAACUUUCCCAAGUCCUCUUCCCCAACUUCAUUUGCUUCUCUCAACAACCUCAUCUGCAUUUUCUAUUUCUAUAUGAUACAGACUCUAUAUUGCUAUAUCUCUGUAUAUACUUUCCCCUAACUCUGUCUGUCUCUACCCCAUCCCCUCUUGUCUCUAAGAACCAUCCUCCCACCCAAAGUUCCCCUUUCUGUGUUUCUACUCCCUCCCUGGUCUCUGAAUGCCUUCGCCUGUAUAAAGAGUUGGACUCUCUCCCCUGGUGUCUGUACUGUGUACACACAUCCCUCUGAGAAGCACAAGGAGACGACACGCGCAUUGUAACCUUCGCACUGUCUCGGUGGCGACAUAAAGGAAGCUGUGAAUCACAAGCUCUGCCUCUUUCUGGCCUCACCGUCUCCCGCCAACCCCGGGCCCCCUAUGCUGUCCCUGUAGCCUUAACAUUCCCUCCCUAUUCAACCAUCCCAGUGCCCUUUGCCUGGCUGACUAUGGCCUCCCCAGGGAAGGGGUAGCUACAGACAGAGCCCCCAACCAGGGAAUGGAGAUCUGCUCUACACACUAAAACAAGGGUAUCAGAGACAGGGGAGUGGUGGAUUGGUGACUCUUGUAGCUGGAACAGUGGGGUGCUGACAAGCAGAAGUUGAGGUCCUCAGUCACUGACCUUUCCUUUCUAAUGGGUGCCAAGCCUCCUUUCCUCCACUGAUACCCAAGACCACCACUUAUAUUUUCUGGUGAGGUACAGUUUGGUAAUGGUAAAGGCCUAGAAGGGUAGUUGAAAGCUUUGCUGUUCUGUCCCUCUCUUCCUAUCUUAAUGAGAAAUGAAUGAGGUAGAGGGCCUGCCAUGCCCCCUCACCCAGGCACUCCUCCUAGGCCAGAGCCCUACCCCUUCCCAGGCCUUCUCUGCCCAACUGUCUCUUGGUCUCCAACCCCAGAACAGGACUUCUGCAGGUCAACUGUGCAUUGGCCUGGAGCUGGAGAGUAAGACUAUGGGAUUUCUGGGAACUCUUGGUUCCUAGAAGUUUCUUGGAGAUCAGACCUCUCCAGAGGGAAGCAGGAGCAAGGCCAAUGGAUGUGCGCCAGAUGGGGAACAGCAGGCAGGGCGAUGGGUGACGCAUGCCUCUGGUCUAAUAAACUGGGUUUCAACCAUC